AUGGGCACCAUCCUGAUGCUUCUGUUCUGCGGCCAUUCUUUGGGGCAGGAACACAACCUUCAAAAGUUUGCCGGGCGCCCUCGCCCUGGCCAUCCGGCACCACCACGAGCUCUUCCUCGAGAGCAUCCGUGCACUUCGCCUGCAACUCCUGGGUGCAGACCACCGGGGAGCUGCCCGGCAACUCCAAGAGCAUCUUCUAUAGCUACAAGCGAUGCUAUUAUGUGGGAUCAAAAGACUGGACGAUCCAGAGGGUCCGGUUUUGUUUCUUUUAGGAAUCAACAGAAUGCACAAACUGCCAUAAAUGAAUUGAUGGUGCACUCCCUGUUGCUUAUUGCUAGCAAUGUCUAA